AUGAAUUUUGGAUCUUUAAACAUUAAAGGUGCUGGUGGUGCUGGGAAAGCGGCAGGAGUAAGUGGUCUUUUAUCGAAAUUUAACCUUUCUUUUAUAGCUCUACAGGAGACUCAAUUCAGGAAUUUACCGGAAAGCAAGAUAAGAAAAUUUUGGAAUAACUCAGAGGUCGAUUUCUCAAAAGUGGAUGCGGACGGGAGAUCGGGAGGUUUAUUAUCAUUAUGGAAUCCAGGUAUGUUUAAAAAAGAAUUGGAAAUAAAGAAUCAAAACUAUCUGUUAGUAAAGGGCAAAGUAGUUGGGGAUGACAUUGAAUUGGUUAUUGUAAAUGUUUAUGGCUUGACGAUUUUAGCAAAUAGGAGGAGAAUGUGGGAUGAAUUGUUAGCUAUUAAAAACGAAAUAGCUGGAUAUUGGAUUUUGAUAGGUGACUUCAACGAAGUCAGGAUACCAAAAGACAGAUUUAACUCAGUUUUUGACGCAAGCGGAGCCAUGAGUUUUAACAACUUUAUAAGUAGUGGAGGCUUUCAGGAAUAUAAUAUGGGGGGUAUGAAAUACACUUUCUUAUUAGAAGAUGGUUCAAAUUUAAGUAAGCUAGAUAGAGUUCUAGUUUGUGGAAACUUUAUGAUGAAAUGGCCAAACACAAAUUUAUUGGCAUUAAAUAGGGAAAUUUCAGACCACAACCUUAUUAUAUUAUCGGCAGUCAAUAACAGUUUCGGACCAUCCUCGUUUAGACUAUUCAAUAAUUGGUUCACAAUGAACGGGUUUGAUGAUGCGGUGAGAAAAGGUUUGGAAAAAUCGUGUGAGUCAAGGUUUAAAGAUGAAGUGUUGGCUGUGAAACUAAAGGCAGUAAGAGAUGAACUAAGAGUUUAG